CUGAUGUUCAUUUGGUAGCCGUGAGUGGCAAGCUCCUUAAUGGUCGCACGUGACUUUGGCGUUUUUCGUGUCCAUCUGAACAAAGGUCGUCGCGUCACAUCGCGCCCCGCCAUUGAUCGUAGGGAGCGUUAACUUCAAAUCAACGAUCAUCAAUGGCAGUCGUCCGAAUAUCCCGAAAAAAAUGGCACCUGACGUGAUUGAUCUCAUCUCAUCGAGUCCACCACCAAGCCAGUCCAUUCCACCGUCUGCGCAAGUGCCCGAGGCCGAUCGCAUCGUUGAACCAGAGAAGCGACACCGACCAAUUAUCGACGCUACCAAUUCUGCGUCACCGGGACUAUUUCUCUCAGAUGAUUUCGAUACAACCAUCGAUCUCGAUGAACCGAUAUUGAUCGAUGCAAAUCCGAAUAAGAGACGAUGUCUUUCUCCCCCGGCGCAACCACCCCCACGCAAGCGCAUUUCUCCAGCUCCAGAACCUCAAACAAUUCUCCCGCCGGUGCGAACGAAGGGGAAUGGACGAGCUCCUGUCGCCUCAGACCCCAUAGAACUUUCGAGUUCUCCGGGAUUUGGAUCACCUAGCCAGCUGGAACCUUCGACAUAUACUGGCAAAUCUUCGACACAUACUACCAGAAAACCCACUAAACAGACGAUUAACGCUGAAGACUCUGACCCUUUCGCAAGUUCACCACAACCAGUGCGACGAUCUCCCCCCAAACCAAAGCCCCUAGCAAGACCUAUAGAAUCUUCCGACCCUUUCGCGAGUUCACCACAUCAAGCCCCGGUAACGACAAAGGCGCCCGAGGUUAUCAUAACAUCACCGCCUGCGCCUGCGCCUGCGCCUAAGCCUGCACCGAAGCCAGCACCGAAGAAGAAUGCUACAUGGGAUCCUAUCUCAAGUUCAGCCCCAGAUGUCUUCUCUUUCGAUUCAUCGCCGCCAGGGAAGAACAAUAGCGUCAUUAACAUUGACGACUCCGAUGGCGGAGACGGUUCCGAGGACGAAUUGCCAGAUAUCGCUUCCUUCGAUGUUGCUAAGAUGCGCCGUCGAUCGCAACUUCAGCGCUCACAAAGCGAUGUUGUAUCAUCAAGAUCUCGAACAAAACCCGCACCUUCGAAUACAAAGUCAGCAGCAGAGCGAGCACGAGAAAAAGAAGCAAAGGCAGCAGCCAAAGAAGUCGAAAAAGAGACCAAGCGACGAGAGAAACAAGAAGCAAAGGAAGCCAAAAUUCGCGAAAAGGAACGCACUGCUGCGCUGGCAGAGGUCAACAAGCUACGUACAGACAAGAAAGUCUCGACGCCAGAAAUGAUGGUCGAUAUCCCCUCAAGUCUAGAUGCCACGGUCACCACUGAGCUUCAGACCAUGCUAGAACCCUUCGAUGUGCAGUACACAAUUUGGGACAGUCCGGUCGACAAUGUGAUCAAAUGGCGAAGAAAGGUUCGCAGUCGAUACAACGACGAAAUUGGUCUCUGGGAGCCAAUACCUCUUCGCCUUGAAGAUGAGAAGCAUGCUCUGGUUGUGAUACAUGCUGACGAGUUUGUGAAGCUGGCGCAGGACGACCAGAUCUCAACUCACGUUGGCAAGAUGCAAAGGCAUUUUGCUGGACAUUCUCUCGUCUACCUGAUCGAAGGUCUUACACCUUGGAUGCGCAAGAACAGAAACCUUCGUAAUCGUCAAUUUGCAUCGAAUGUUCGCGCUCAGGAGGCUGCGGCUUCUACAGCAGGCCGUCGACGAAACAACCCCCCUCCAGAAUACGUAUCUGAGGAGUUAAUUGAAGAUGCGCUGUUGCAACUGCAGGUGAUGCAUGAGGCUUUGAUCCAUCACACUAUGAUUCCGAUGGAAACAGCCGAACAGAUCCUCACAUUCACCCAACACAUCUCAACAAUACCAUACCGAAAACAACGAGACAUUGCGACACUCGGAGCAGGGUUUUGCAUGGAAAGCGGACAGGUCAAGACAGGCGAGGACGCAAAAGACACCUACGUCCGAAUGUUGCAAGAGAUUGUCCGAGUCACGGCCCCCAUCGCAUAUGGAGUCGCGGCGGAAUUCGACACAGUCAGUAGCCUGGUCCGAGAUUUAGAAGAACGCGGGCCAACUCUUCUCGAAGGCGUGAAGAAGAGCGCAAACAAAGACGGUGCCUUUUCAGAUCGCACAGUUGGUCAAGCCGUCAGUCGACGGAUGUAUAAAGUUUUCACGGGAGUGGACGAGACGAGCACGGAUGUUUAGAAUAGUG